AUGGAAACCUCACGUUCUAAUUCACAGUUCGUUUACAAACUGUCAGAUGAAGACACGACGAGACUGAUAAAGCUGCGAGCCGCGAAUGAAGCUCUUUUCACAGGGAGAAGAAAUGCCGCCAAGCUUGGCUGGAGGGCAAUCCUGAAGGAGAUGGGUCUUGAGAAACAACUUUCAACUGACCAAGCAUCUAAAAAAUGGGACAAUAUGAAGAAUAAGUACAAGGAAAUGAGAUAUCUUCCACCUGAAACAGCUUCCUGUUGGCAGUGGUUUCCCUUAAUGCAUGAGGCUUUAGAGGGCAGACUUGCAGGUAGUGCUCCAGUCUUGUCAACUUCAUCACUGGGUAAUGACGAGGAAUUUGCCCCAACCGCUGUGAAGAAAGCUCGUCGGUCACAGGGCAGGGUCGAUGGUUUGGAUUUCUUGGGGAAGAUGGAUGAGGGCACAGAAGCGGAAGUUGUGCUGCGAGACAGGACUGUGAUGUCCUCCGAGGGAUCGCCAUCGGAAAGUGAUACGGCUCUGAAUGGAAGAGUGACGAUGGAGAAAAACGAGUUUGCGUCAGACAGGCUGAGAGACAGUCUGGAGAUGGAAAGAAUCACCCUGAGACGGGACAGACAGCUGCUGGAGAGGGAGCAGGCUGAGCUGGACAGAGAGAGAAUGAUGCUGGAGAGAGAGAGAGGCCUCAUAGAGAGAGAAAGAGCAGUGAUAGAGAGAGACCGUGCUCUGUUGGAGAAAGACAGAGCAGCAGUGGACAGGGAACGGGCGUCUGUGGAUCAUGAGCAAGCAGUUUUAGAAAAGGACAGGGCAACCUUGGACAGGGAAAAUGCUGCCCUGAGCAGAGAGAGAGAGGCCCUGAGACAUGGCAAAAUGAUGGGGAAGAUUAACUUGACCUCACUGGAGGCUGACCUACCGGAGACACUCGAGAGGAGGGAGAAAUUCAUUUACCUAUUUGAGAGGCUUAUUGAAAAACUUUGA